GCUGUUGCAUGUGAUGAGGAAUUCGAAAAAACUUGCAAAGAAAAUGGCGGAAAAGAUUGUGUUAUAGAUAAUGGAAAACAAAAGUGUAACUGUGAAAAAAUAACGGAACAGUUUGACCAUGACGAGAACAAGUGUAUAGCUGUUGCAUGUGAUGAGGAAUUCGAAAAAACUUGCAAAGAAAAUGGCGGAAAAGAUUGUGUUAUAGAUAAUGGAAAACAAAAGUGUAACUGUGAAAAAAUAACGGAACAGUUUGACCAUGACGAGAACAAGUGUAUAGAAUCUUGUCAAUCUAUAAAAGAAGACAGCAAAAGUUGGGAAGUGCAUUGUGAGGAGUUAAAAGCAGAAUGUAUAAUUAAUGACAAUAAAAAGCCGACUUGCAAAUGCAAAACAGGUUUAGAAUACAAAGAAGAUGCCUGUCAAGAUCUCUGCAAAAGUAAUCAGACUGUAAUUGAUAAAUGCAGAAAAGAAAAUAAGACAUGUAUUCCUACUACAAGAGAUCCAUAUUUUAAGUGUGAUCAGUGCUUGCCAGGAUUUAAAGAGAGUGGAGAUGAUGAUAACCAUUGCAUUGAUUAUUGUGAAAAAAACGAAACAGGAUAUAAGAACUGCUUUAAAAGCAAUAGAUUAUGCGAAUUUUCUAAAGAAGAACCAUUUUUUCGAUGUACAGAUUGUUUGAAAGGUUUCAAAGAGGAUGGUGAUAAUUGUGUCCAUAUUUGUGUAGAAAAUCAAGUAGGAUUCUUAGAUUGCAAAAAUCAAAGCAAGACAUGCGAACCUACUAAAGAAGGAGAGUAUUAUAGAUGUGGCGGUUGUUUAGACGAAUAUGAUGUUGCUCCAAACGAUAAAUCAAAGUGUGUUCAUCGUUGUGAAACAAUUGAAGAUGAAACUAAAAUGACAUGGAAUGAAUUUUGCAACAAAACUAACGCAGAAUGCAAAGUAGAAUCAAAAAAUAUCACAUGUUACUGCGUACAUAAAGAUUAUUAUUUUGACAGGAAUGAAAGAAGAUGUCGAAUUAGAGGUCAAUGUAAUGACGAAGUAUGUAGUGGUGAUGCUGAAUGUAUACCAAUUGAAGAUACUUAUGCAACCGAAUGCAAUUGCCCUCAGAAAACACAGUAUUACGAUUAUUUAAAUAAAAAAUGUUCAGAUAUUGAUAAAUGUUUAGGUAAAGUAUGUGAUGCAUUUAAAAAAUGUACAGGAGGAGAAUGCAAGUGUAUGGGGGAAUUAAAAGACAAUGGCACAAACUGUGUUGUAAAUGAAAAUAUUUGUAAAAAACGUUAUGGGGAAUACGCCAUAUGCAAUGUAAAAGCUGAUUCACUCGGUAGACCUGUAUAUAGUUUUGACUGUGAUAAAGAUUAUUAUUAUAAUCCGAGUUCGAAAAAAUGUGCCGGAAAUAAAGAAAACUAUUGCAAAAUGGGAGAUACGCCAUGUCAACAGAAAUGUUUCAUAGAGAAUGAAAAGCAGAAAUGCGGUUGUUACGAAGGGUUUACAUUGAAUUCAGAUAAUAAAACUUGUGAUCUAGAAGAAAAAGAUAAUACUACUUGUGAGAAUGGAAUAUUGAAAAAUGGUGAAUGUAAAUGCAACUUAGGUUACGUUCAUGAAAACAAUAAUAAAGAUAAAUGUGUUCAUAUAUGCAAUAGUUCAAAAAUUGAAGAAAUCUGUCCAAUGGGUUGUGUAUCUUGGGAUAAAGAAAAAUUUAGAUGUAAUUGUACAGGAAAAUACGAAUACUCUAAAGAUGGGAACACCUGUAUAGAGAAAGCGUUGUGUGCGAAAGGUGAAAUAGGAGAUGUUGAUUGUUCUAAGAAAAAUGCACGAUGUAAAGAGAAUAAAAACAGUGCUGAAGGAUAUGAAUGUAAUUGUCCUGAAGGACUAAGAGAGUUAAAAAAUGGAAUCUGUUCAAGUGACUGUACAUAUGACGAAACGCAGGAAUGUAUUAAGAAAAAUCUUGAAUGUGAAUAUGAUGAAAACGAAAAUAUCAGUAAAUGCAUUUGUCCACUUUCAAUGGUGAUGUCAACGUCAACGAAUGGAGCGUGCGAAUUUGCCAACAAUUCCUAUUAUAUGAACAUAGUUCUACAAAAUCCAAAGAAACAUUCUCGUAUUUUUAAAAGAAACGUAAAUGAAGCUGAAAAAUUAAGCGUCUCUUAUCAUGAGAUUAAGAAGAGGAUGAUUGAUGCGAUGAAAAUUUUAUACGGAGCCAGUUUUGAAACAGUUCAAGUCAUCAAGUGCAAUCCGAAGGAUAAUGAUGUUGCAUGUGAUGUAAUAAUGAUAUUUAAAGAAGAAUUUAAAGGUUACGAAAGAAUAAAUAAAGGCGACUCGUGUUAUCCAGCUGAAAAUGCUAACUAUUGUCUUCUUCAUCCUAAUUUGAUCCUUUCAAUAAAUGAUCUACAAACUGCGGAAAUAGUCGAAUUUGAUAAUUGCGACGAUCGAAUAAGAGAAAGCUUUUGCCCAGGAGUAGCGAAUAAUUGUACAAGCAAGCAUCCAGGCUAUGAUUGUUUAUGUAAUAAAGGCUUUAAGGCAAUACAGACAUUUUACAAACCCGGUACUGAGUACCAGUAUUGUGAAGAUAUUGAUGAAUGCCUUAAUGCAAAUAUUUGUGGGAGUAAUUCGAACUGCAUUAAUACUGUUGGAAAUUUUACAUGUUCCUGUAGAGAUGGAUAUGUACCAAACAAGAAUAAAAAUGAAUUCGAAUGCGGAGAUAUUUGUGAACUAGAAAAACCAUGCAAAAAUGGGAAAUGUAGCCGUUUACAAAAUCGACAACAAUAUAAAUGCCAAUGUGACAGUGGAUUUACUGGAUUAAAUUGCGAUGAAGAAGAUAAGACGUUGAAAAAAGGAAAAGUUAAUACGAUUAUCACAGGAGCUGUCUUGGGUGGUAUUUUGCUUAUUGCUAUCAUUAUUAUUUUCGUACUUGAAAGAAAACUAAGAAAAAAGUCUAAAAGUGCUGAGGGUUUUGACACGCAAAUGGACAAUUACGAAAGAAGAUUUGGUGACAGCAGGCCUGUUUAUGAAAACAUACAUAAAGGAAGAAAACAGGGAUAUGAUAACCCAGCAAUGUGAUAUAUCACAAUGUGAUAAUAUUUUGUAAAUUAUCUUCAGCAAAUUGAUUUGAUGAUAUCUAUUACCAAGUGAAAUGAAUAUUUUUAAUAAUAUUUUUAUUUGUAAGAUGUUGCAGAAUG